AUGGGCUGUUGUGCUCCGAGGCCUGAACAAGAAACAAAAGCUGACAACGAAACCAACAAAAGCCGAGAUUCCCUAAUUCAGUCAAUAAAGCAAAAUCCUAUCAAAAGUUCUCGCACACAUGCUUUCUCAAGAAAACCUUCAUUUAAACCCAAUACAAAUGUCAGCGAAAUAAUCGAGCCAGUUAUUACAAAUAACUUACAAGGAUCUCUCAAGCAAUAUUACCAAACUGUAAAAAUUGCAUGCAAAGGCACAGAUAAAGAAUUUUUAAUUGCAAUAGACAAAAGAACACAAACCAAAAGAGUUUUGAAAAAAUACCCAAGAUAAAUAAAAUGGCAUUCGGUUCGAGAGAAAUUGGCUCUGCCAAUUUUCUCUCCCUCAUGGAAUUUUAUUUAUGGGGUUGGGUUUUCUCUCGAGAACUUCUGCACAGCAAUAGUCGUUUAACUUUGGGAUAACCAAAGGCACGACUCCUCAGUGCACUCAAGAUUUCGGAGUUUUUACCUCUCAGCACGUCCCCACGGGAGGAUGACCCUUAGGCGGAACACGCGCAGGAGCUGAGUCUGGACGAGCGACGGCAACGCGCCGGGUGAGAUGUGCGGCGAUUUAUCUGGCGACUAGCCUCAUAGAAGGCUUGGGUGUGGGCUGACCACAUAUUCCAAGAUGGCUUGGUGACGUCACUAGUUGUCGCUUUGACCCUUUUUAAUUAAGGGGUGUGGGCACUAGACACCUUAAAAAACUAUGUAACUAAGUAAAGUAAGAAAAAAUACCCAAGACCUAAAAAUGAUAUAGAAGUUCGUGAGCUGUUUUUAGAAAAAGCUGAAAUUCUAAAGCAAAUGGUAUAAAAUAAGCAGGAUCAUCCAAAUAUUCAAAAAACUUAUGAGUCAAUCGAAACAUCCUCAUGCUAUUAUAUUGCUUCUGAGUAUUUUGGAGGUGUCGAGUUAUUAAAAAAAAUCAUAAGUGAUUCAUAUUUGAGUGAUUCUAUUGCAAGCCAGUGUAUGUAUGAUAUUUUUAAUGGGUUAAAUUAUUGUCAUCAAAGAGGGAUUAUCCAUUCACACUUGAAAUCAGAAAAUUUAUUCUGUGCUAGAUUAAGUUUUACUAUAAAUUUGUAGAAGAUUAGCACCAAAUUAUUAUUUAAAUAAGGAUUAUUACCCUUGAAAUAGAUAAUAUAAUAGGAAUAUUUUUUGAAGCCAAAUCAUCAGACUCUCGUCUUAAAGUUGCGAAUUUUGACCUUUCUAGCUAUUUAUAUGGUAAGAAAAAUGUAAAAACUACAGUCCGAGAUGUAAUGGUAACUUAGAUGUAUUAUAAAGCUCCAGAAGCUUCAAAUGGGAUAUCUAAUGAAAAAAGUGAUUUAUGAAGUGCAGGAGUUAUCCUACAUAUCAUGAUCACUGGAAAAUUUCCGUUCAUAGGAAAUAAUAAAAAAGAUAUCUUGGCUUUAACCAAACAAGGACUGGACUUAACCACUCCACAAUGACUUCAAUACCCUGAAUCUUUAAUAGACUUAUUAAAAAAGCUUCUUGCUUUCAAUCCUGCUGAUAGACCUUCAGCAUUUGAAGCAAUGAACCAUCCUUGAAUACAGUCUAAUUUAAGCAGUCCUUCAGGUGCAAAUCCUCUAUAUAAUUCAAGCACUAUUAUGGAUUGCAUAGAACUCCAAUUUUUUUAAAAAUAAUUCUAAUAAAUAUGCGAAUUAUAUUAAAAUUUUAUAGGGGAUAAAUACAAGAUAAAUAAUGCCCAAUAACAAGCAGUUUCGUGAGCUUUCUAUACUCAAGUGCAUUAACUCAGCUAAACGAUUUCAGAAAAAAAUCAAAAUUCGAAAAAUGCAUCCUAACCUUCAUAGCUUCAAAUACCUUAACAAAAGAAGAAGAAAAGCAGCUGACUGAUUUAUUUGAGCAGCUUGAUACUAAUAAGGAUGGAAAAUUAAGCAAAGAGGAGCUGAAGGCUGGGUAUGAACAUAUGGAUAUUGAUGCAACUAUUGAUAUAGAUGCGAUUAUGAAAAGCUGUGAUGCUGAUGGGAAUGGAACUAUUGAAUUUUCUGAGUUUUUGGCAGCUGCUAUUGAUUGGAAUAAAAUGAUAUCGCAGGAAAAGCUGAAAAAGGCAUUUAAAUUGUAUGUGAAAAUUUCAUGAGUUGGCUAAGAAAAUGGCUUGAAUAUAUUGAUAGGCAAUUGAAGGUAAAAAACUAUAUACCUAUUAUAAUAAAUAGCCUAUAUUAAAAGCUUAAAAAUUAAAUUAAACAUUUAAUAUAAAUUCGCUACAUUUGGGUAUAUGAUAUCUCAGGAGAUGGGUCUUUAAAUCUAUCCGAGCUUCAAUACUCAAUGCCAAAAGUUCCAAAAGAAGAGCUCCAAGAAUUCAUAAAACUCUUAUUUCCCCGCAGGGGUUUUCGAAUUUAAAAAUUCUAAUUUUGCAAAUAUUUAUAAAUAAAGCAUUAAUUUAAUCAAAAUAAAUAUUAUUUAGAAUGCACCUGUUAAAAUUUAAUAUAAUUAGCUGGAGAUUUCGUGCUAAAAAUCAUUAUUUAUUAUUAAAAUAUUUAUUAAAAAAUUUAUUAUUUCCCUGCUUUUAAAAAAUAGCCUAUUACUAGCACAGAAGAGUCAGACAAAAACCACGAUAACCUUAUAAGCUACCAAGAAUUCGUAGCAUUUAUGAAGCAAUUAAUUAAAAAUUCAUAA